AUGAAUCAAGAAAUCAAAAACUAUGAAUAUAUACAGUGUCCAAAAAUGCAGAAAACGGGCGUAUCGAAAAGCUUAGAAUUUGUAUUAUCUGCAAAAAGUUUGUCUAAUUGGGACCAAACUCAUGAAGACCCUGGCUACGCCUACAUUAUUCAUAAUCAUAAACCAACGGACCCCAGAACGCAAUUUUCAAAUAUAUUAUCGUUUUACUGGCGAAAACACUGGAGGUUCGUACUUGGUGGAUUAGGACUUUUUAUUGUAUUACUUUUAAUUAUUUUAAUUGUCUUAUUAGUUCCUAAACGAAAAUUGGUAGUUCAAACCGAAACAACUACUACGCGAACAGUCAUCUGCGCGUAUGGCUUUCAACUAAUCCAUAAUCAUAAGUGCUGGAAAUUAUUCACAGAAAACAGAACUUUUUCCGACGCGGAACGCAACUGUGAAACGUUAUAUGGUUCUAGUUUAGUUUCUAUAGAAAACAAAGCGGAAAAUUAUCAGCUUGGACUUUUGGCAAAGAUUGAAAAUCUUCCGAUCUGGAUUGGUUUGCAAUGUGAAGGAAAUCAGAACGGUGAUUGCUUCUGGGUCAAAAACAAUGAAACUCUGGGUGUGUACAGCAAUUUUGGAACAGAUAACCCAAACUGGUUCAACGGAAGCUGCAUCUUUUAUGACAACAAGGGAGAGUGGAUCAGCAAGGCUUGCGAUGAAAAACUGCCAUAUGUUUGUGAAACUGAAGCAACGAAUUUCUAA